AUGGCGUCCAAGGUUCCUCUGGUCAACAACCCUCAGAUCCAGUCCGCCACCCUCCACAACCCCCUCCCCACCUUCCUCCACCUCUACGUCUGGCCCUUCACCAUCAUCUGGCCCAUCUUCUUCGCCUACUACAUUCCCAACGAGAGCUACAACAAGUACAUCAACGGUCAAGAAUGGACGUUCGUCUACUCCGGCACGAUCGUAACGCUACAGAGUCUGGUAUGGCUCAUGACCUUCUGGAACGUCAAUAUCAACGCCCUGUUCACCACUACCCGCGCCAACUCCGUGCGAAGUGCUAGAUUAAUCAAGGUCAUUCCUGGAGCGAACGCGGGUACAGCGGAGAUAUGUCCUAUCAAGCGCGACUCGGUUGGUGGGCGGGAGAACAUCAGUUUCCUGUUCCAGAAACGACGCUUCUUGUACGAGGCGGACAAGGGUACCUUUGCGCCGCUGGAGUUCGCGAUGGAUAACGAGCCAAAGCCUUUGAUCAGAUCGUUUCAGGAGAGCAAAGGUCUGGAGAAGAGGAGUGAGAUUGAGAGGAUCCAGCAGCAUUAUGGUCCUAACACCUUCGACAUCCCGGUCCCGAGUUUCACGGAAUUGUUCAAGGAGCAUGCGGUCGCGCCGUUCUUCGUCUUUCAGAUCUUUUGUGUCGGGCUGUGGAUGUUGGACGAGUAUUGGUAUUAUUCGCUGUUCACGCUUUUCAUGCUGGUCGUGUUUGAGAGCACGGUGGUGUGGCAGAGGCAGAGGACUUUGAAGGAGUUCCGGGGUAUGAGCAUCAAGCCGUACGAGGUCUACGUCUAUCGGGAGAAGAGGUGGACAGAGGUGAUGAGUGAUGCCGUGCUGCCGGGAGACUUGGUCUCCGUGGGCAGGACGAAGGAGGAUAGUGGGGUGGCUUGCGAUAUGCUUUUGAUCGAGGGCAGUGCGAUUGUGAAUGAAGCCAUGUUGUCUGGAGAGAGUACACCGGUCCUGAAGGAGUCAAUUCAGUUGAGGCCCGGCAACGCGCAUAUCGAGCCUGAGGCUCUGGACAAGAACGCUUUCCUCUGGGGCGGUACAAGGGUUCUUCAAAUUCAACACGGCACGGCUGCGCAAGAGGCGGAUGGCAGCGUGGCCAAGUUUAUUUCUGGUGUACCUGCCGCGCCUGACGGUGGUGCCUUGGCUGUAGUGAUCAAGACUGGCUUCGAGACGAAUCAGGGCGCUCUGGUCCGGACGAUGAUCUACUCGACCGAGCGUGUGAGCGCCAAUAACGUCGAAGCUUUGCUUUUCAUCCUCUUCUUGUGCGUCUUCGCCGUCGCUGCAUCCUGGUACGUCUGGAAAGAAGGCGUCAAGCAAGAUCGCAAGCGCUCGAAGUUGCUUCUGGACUGCGUGCUCAUUGUCACUUCUGUCGUACCGCCAGAACUACCUAUGGAGCUGAAUUUGGCCGUCAAUACCAGUCUGGCUGCGCUGAGUAAAUAUGCCAUUUUCUGCACAGAACCUUUCCGGAUACCUUUCGCUGGACGUGUCGAUGUCGCUUGCUUCGAUAAGACUGGUACUUUGACCGGCGAGGACCUGAACGUUGAGGGUAUCGCUGGCUUAGGUCUGGGUCAGCAGGGUGUCCCUGCUGAGGCCGAUGGCGCACAGAGUACUAUGACUAAGAUCACAGAUACCGGUCUCGAGACCACUUUGACGCUUGCCACCGCUCAUGCUUUGGUGAAGCUGGAGGAGGGCGAUGUGGUCGGUGAGCCGAUGGAACGUGCUACGCUCGACUCUUUAGGCUGGGCUUUAGGCAAGAACGAUACCCUCUCUGCCAAGCCUCAUGGCGAGAAGAGCCGACCUUCCGAGAUUGUGCAGAUCAAGCGCCGCUUCCAAUUCUCCUCUGCGCUAAAACGCCAGAGUUCUGUCGCUACCGCCAUCAUCACGGAUCGAUCUACUGGUAGACAAAUCAGCAAUACUUUCGUUGGUGCCAAGGGCGCGCCCGAGACACUUCGCAAGUUCUUUGUUGAGAUCCCGCCGAAGUACGAGGAGACAUACAAGUACUUCAGCAGGAAUGGCGCCCGUGUGCUUGCGCUUGGAUAUAAGUACCUCAAGACUGGUGAAGAGCUGAAGCAGAGUCGUAUUAACGAUCUCACGCGUGAGGAGGUCGAGUGUGAUCUGCACUUUGCUGGUUUCCUCAUUUUGCGGACACCGCUCAAGGACGAUGCGGUCAAGGCCGUGCGCAUGCUGAAUGAGAGUAGUCAUCGUGUGGUCAUGAUUACUGGUGAUAAUCCUUUGACUGCAGUCUAUGUUGCUAGGCAGGUUGAGAUUGUAGAUCGAGAUGUGUUGGUCUUGGACGCGCCGGAGCAUGAUGAUAGUGGUAAUAACCUUGUCUGGCGCAGUGUGGACGACAAGGUCAACAUCUCUGUUGAUGCGGACGCGGAGCUUGACCCAGAGAUCCUCAAGAACAAGGACAUCUGUGUUACCGGCUAUGGCCUGGCGAAGUUCAAGGGUAAGAAGGCUCUACCAAGUCUGCUGAGGCAUACGUGGGUCUACGCUCGUGUCUCACCAAAGCAGAAAGAAGAGAUCCUGCUUGGUCUGAAGGAGAUGGGCUAUACGACACUCAUGGCUGGCGACGGUACCAACGAUGUUGGCGCCCUCAAGCAAGCUCAUGUCGGUGUUGCGCUGCUGAACGGCACGAAGACCGACAUGGACAAGAUCGCCAAGCACUUCCGCGAGACGAAGAUGAAGGAGAUCUACGAGAAGCAAGUGCAGAUGAUGACGCGCUUCAAUCAGCCUCCACCGCCUGUGCCGAUCCAUAUCGCUCAUCUGUACCCUGAAGGCCCGUCGAACCCGCAUUAUGAGAAGGCCAUGGAGCGCGAGGCCACAGCGAAAGCUACUCUCGCUGCUGCGGAAGGUGGUGAUAAGGAAGCCAAUGGCAGUGCGAAUGGUACCGUCGCCAAGGUCGCUCCACCACCACCACAACCAGUGGCACAGCCGAAAGCUCCACAGGAUACUCGCCAAGCAAAGGCACAGAAUGCUGCCAGCGCAAUGGCCGAGAAGUUCUCCAUGUCUAUGAUGGAGGAACAGCUCAACGAUGACGAACCUCCUACCAUCAAACUCGGUGAUGCGUCUGUCGCUGCGCCUUUCACCAGCAAGCUUGCUAAUGUUAUCGCUAUACCCAAUAUCAUCCGCCAAGGUCGUUGUACGCUCGUGGCUACGAUUCAGAUGUACAAGAUUCUGGCGCUGAACUGCUUGAUCAGUGCGUAUAGUUUGAGUGUGCUGUAUCUUGACGGUAUCAAGUUUGGAGAUGGGCAGGUGACGAUUAGUGGUAUGCUGAUGAGUGUUUGCUUCUUGAGCAUUUCCCGAGCGAAGCCAGUUGAAGCCCUCUCCAAAGAACGUCCCCAGAACAACAUCUGGAAUUGGUACAUCAUCCCGUCCGUCCUCGCCCAGUUCGCCGUCCACAUCAUCACCUUAAUCUACAUCUCCAACGUCGUCCACCGCUUUGAGCCACCAAAGGACCGCUCCAUUAUCGACCUUGAAGGGGAGUUCGAGCCAUCCCUCCUCAACAGCGCCAUCUACCUCCUCCAACUCAUUCAACAAAUCUCCACCUUCGCCAUCAAUUACCAAGGCCGCCCCUUCCGCGAAAGCAUCCGGGAGAACAAGGGUAUGUGGUGGGGAAUCGUGCUCGUCACGGGUGUAGCAUUCAGCUGUGCGACGGAGUUCGUGCCGGAGAUCAAUGAGAAGUUGAAGCUUGUGCCAUUCAACUCCGAAUUCAAAUGGACGUUGACGGCAGUGAUGGUGUUGGAUUAUGUGGGGUGUUGGACUGUGGAGAAGGCGCUGAAGACGCUUUUCAGUGAUUUCAGGCCGAAGGAUAUUGCGGUUCGGAGGCCGGAUCAGUUGGAGAGAGAGAGGGUGAGGUUGGAAGCGGAGCAGGCGAAGAUCGAUAAGGAAAAGGAGAUUAAGGCUGGGAAGGCUUAG